GACUACCCAAUUACACCCAAGCUUAUGGUUACCAGGAAGCUCCAGAUACGACAGAGAGAGAGCCUUAUCCACUCUUUCUAACCUUAAAUUGCAUUUUUUCUAUCGUAACUUUUACAGAAGCAGAACUCUGUUGUUACAGUUAGACAUGCCGCUGCCUCCGUCAGCGUAGCGGCGCUCUCAGUACAGACAAUAACUUACAUGUUUAAAUAUAACGGCAUGGUUUGUCUAGCUAGCUUUUGUUGCUAACGCAAGCUAAUAACAAGAAGACCGAUGGUUAACAGACAGUCUGCCUACAACAGUUACCGACUGUUCGGCCUGCGAAGUGAACGACGUUAAACAGAUGACCGAAAUGACUAACACUGUGUCGCAAGUCGGUACCGGUGUUUUUGUCAUUGUGCUCGUUUGGAUCGCAGCUCUUGUGCUGGCGAUCAUUCUGCUGAGAGCUGCUGGGUCUGCAAAGUUAGGAGUCAUCCCCAUUGUCCUCCUGGCACUCACCAUCACUUUGGUGCUGGUGUUCUUCCCUCGGAGCCCCGAGAACCGUCCUCCUUUCACAGAGAUAGAGAUAGUGGACACUUUGUUCAUUGGCCGCUAUGUGCUUUUGGCUGUGACGAGUGCAGUUUUUCUGGUGGCGUUCUUCAUGCUGCUGCCCUUUCAUUUCCUGGAGCCAGUGCACGCUAAGGCUUUGAGAACACACUAGGAAUCCAGCAUCAGUGGUGGCACCAGGAUCAAAUGCCCCAAUAUACAGAAACUGGGAAAACAGGGCUGAUGGGUGGAAAAAGAAGCUCCCUGUUGUGAAGAACCGGACUAGAGACUGCGCUGAAAAAGAAUGAGGAGGAGAGCCAGCAGUUUCUUAACGAAGUACUGUCUCUGGGAUGUUGACUGUCUGUGAACAAACAAAACUGCUUGGAUGUUUAGUUUAUUAUCAUAUGAAACAAGCAGUACUUACAAACUAUAGGUAGUUAUGUCUUUUUAGUGGAAUGCAGUUUUUGGUUAUCCUACUUUAAAAUGCUACUUUUUGAAUACAUCAUUUUUUUUAAAUCUCUUUCUUAAUUUUUGGUUUGUUACUGCUGAUGUUUGACACAAAUGUAACUUUUGAGUGGGCUUUUCUAUUCUGAAAUGGACUUUGAUGUUCAGUUUUAUCCAAUGUUUUAGUGACUAUCUGGGAAAGAAAACUUCAGUGCUGUAUGCCUCCAUGUGGUCAGUAAAUCGGAAACUAGGUUGGGCUGCUGUCAGCUGGAGCCACUUUAAGGGUUUAACAUGCCAAGUUGAGUGAACCUUGAUCACCGCAGACAGAUUGUCUGCAUAGCUCAGAACGAGAUUAUGUAAUGAAGCAACACCUGCAAGCUGGUUGAAAGAGUCAGCUCAAGCUGUGUUGCUACAUUACAUGUGACGUUUAACACUCUGUAGGAUAUAUCAAGCACACCCUACCCUUUUGGACUGUCUGUUUAAGCUACAAAGCAUCUUGUUUCACUUUGCAUAUAUUUAUUUGCAUAAUGCAUUUAAAAAUGUGCAUUAUUUUAAUGUGAACUCAGACAUUCCCAUUAAAGGAACCCUGUGGGUAGAACCUGGUGAUUACUGGGAUACCUUUGUGUUCUUCAUAAGAGAGGUCAGCAAUAGAACCACCCCCCGGGUGGUGAUUGUGUGCUAAGUGGUAAGAGAGAAACCUAAACCUGAGAAACUACUGAUGAUGGACUGGUCAAAACAAUGAGACGUGCAAAGCGUGAAGCCCCAUGGAGCCAAAGAUGGUGAGAGAAAAAGUAAAGAGCUAAAACAUCAGGAUAGAGGAAAUUAGUUGAUGACAUGAUAUGGUGACCAUGGUUACCUUGCAGCUUAUUUCUAUAGCAGCACAACAGAAUGAUGUUUCACAGUCACUUGAGCCAGCCCAAUCUCUGAGAUUAUUCAAAGAAGUAAAGAUUUUAAAAAAUCAGCUCGUUUUCUAAAUUCUGCUCAAGCAAAUGAAACAUUUAGUCAUAGUGAAAAGAAAGUUCGCCCCUUUAAAUCAUUGGUUUUAUGUAUAUUGUGUAAGGUUUAGGGAUGUCCUUGUUUGUAGCAAAUAUUUCCAUUCUGACCUAAUCUUUGAUAAGAAAUGAUAACAUUCAAUUCAGUUUAUUUAUAUAGCGCCAAUUCACAACACAUGUUGUCUCAAGGUACUUCACAAAGUCAGGUACAUACAUUCCAAUUAAUCCUAACAACUGAACAGUUCAGUCAGAUUCAGUUAUUUAUUCAAAUUAGAUAAAAAGUUUUUCUAUCAAAGGAAACCCAGCAGAUUGCAUCCAGUCAGAGAUUUGUAGCAGUGGUGGAAUAUGUGAUGUGCGCCUUUGUACACUUGAGGUUAGAUGUUAAAAUGUAACCUGAUAAUAAAAAGGUCAUUUAUAUUCUUAGACCUUAGAACUGACAGAUGGCGUACCUUUUUCUGACUACAACUGGCUCAUAGCAUCUCUAUGCUUAUUAUAUUGUGUUUGAACCCAAACAGGGGUUUUAAAUAAGGGAAGGAAUGGGUUUUUUUUUUUUUUUUUUGCAUUUACUUGUGCAUCCUGAGCUAGUUGAGAUUUCUAGAAGUGGGAUUUGGUUAAGUGGGUAGUAGCCAACAAUACUAUGGCCUAAAUGCUGAGCUUCUGUGCUUUCAUGAAACAUGAGUUUUUCAACUAACAACUAGUCAUUGCAGGGUCAGUCUAACAUUUUUUUGCCAUGUUAAAAUAAUCCAAUCUCCAAAAUGUCAUAUCAGGUGGUUGGAAAGAUAUUUAUUGAGCCUUUGCAUUGGACACAUUGAAAUAGAUGAUUAUUUACAUUUUAGAGUGUGGUAUGACAUGCUCCAUAACAAUGAUCAAAAAUCUGAGACACAUGUUGUAAAAUAGAAUAGAAAGGUCUGCCGUACAACCCCAAACAUCGCAAUACUGUGUUGAUUUCCUAUAUAUGUAAGUGAUGGUAAAAUGAAUACAUUUUACACCAGAUAUACAUGUUUUUUUAUUAAAAGGUGAAGAGCCAACAUUAUGUAAAACAUAUUUUACGUUCCUGUUCAGCUUUGCCUGGCACAAAGUAAUAUUGUAUUGUGAAGUUAGUCUGGAAAACGUUUCUAGUAAGGUACCCUGAAAUUUAUAUAAAAAUGUAUUAUUUAUAAAUAAAGUUUAUUUGAAUAGUUA